ACGAGAUCCCCAGAAGGAGCAGGUCGAGGGGAGGAGGAGGAGAGGUGGAGGAGGAGGAGGAGAAGAGGGAAGAGAAGAGAGGAGAAGAGAAGGAAAUAAGGGCAGGGGGUCAGAGAAGGAUCCGGGUGGGGGGGACUCCUAACACCGUUCAGACCCGGCAAUCCCCACACUGCAACAAGUCGAAUCCCCGCCCUGCCCCCUAAAACAUUAAAAUUCAUUUUUUUUUCUUAAAAAGAGAGCGAUCGAGAGAAGUGAACCUCCUCAUGGCUCCCUAAAAGUUUUCAUUUCCCAGGAUCUUUUUGGUGCUUUGGGCUCCCAGCGCUUUGGCCAAGUGCCCCCUCCACAAAACUGCCCCGCGGCCCCGGGUGAACGUGAGGAUGGACGCCCACACACGGUGGAAACGGCGAAGCUGGAUACGCGACUACCCGCUCCUGGUCGCCGCUUUCCUCCUCUCCGCCCUCUGGCCGAGCCACGCAGCCCAACCAGCAGAUCUCUUAAAGGUAUUAGAUUUCCAUAAUUUGCCUGAUGGGAUAACAAAAACAACAGGUUUCUGUGCAAGCAGAAAAUCUUCCAAAGGACCAGAUGUUGCUUACCGAGUUACAAAGGAUGCUCAACUCAGUGCACCUACCAAGCAGCUGUAUCCUGCUUCAUCAUUUCCUGAGGACUUCUCCAUUCUAACCACUGUAAAAGCCAAAAAGGGCAACCAGGCCUUCCUGGUCUCCAUUUAUAAUGAGCAGGGGAUCCAGCAGAUUGGCCUGGAGAUGGGCCGGUCUCCCGUCUUCCUCUAUGAGGACCACAUGGGGAAACCCGGGCCAGAGGACUAUCCACUCUUCAGGGGCAUUAACUUAUCAGAUGGCAAGUGGCACAGAAUAGCUAUUAGUGUUCAAAAGAAAAAUGUGACUUUGGUAUUGGACUGUAAAAAGAAGACAACCAAAUUCUUGGACCGGAGUGACCACCCCAUCAUUGAUGUCAAUGGGAUCAUUGUAUUUGGCACCAGGAUCCUGGAUGAGGAAGUGUUUGAGGGUGAUAUCCAGCAGCUCCUUAUCAUCCCUGACGCCAGAGCCGCUUAUGAUUACUGCGAACACUACAGCCCGGAUUGUGAUACUGCUGUUCCAGACACCCCACAGUCUCAGGACCCCAACCCAGAUGAAUACUAUCCAGAAGGAGAGGGAGAUGGUGAGACAUACUACUAUGAAUAUCCAUACUAUGAAGACCCUGACGACCCAGGAAAAGCCCAGCCCCCCACCCAAAAACCUGUUGAAGCUGCUAGAGAAGCUACAGAAAUUCCUGAGGAGCAGACUCCACCCCCGACAGAUGCACCACCAAUCCCCGAAACCAAUGAAAGGGAUGACAAAGUGGACCCAAACCUGGGAGGGAGUGACUAUGAGUAUGGACCCAUACCUGAUGAAUACUACACACCACCCCCUUAUGAGGAUAUCUACGAGGGAGUUGAUAACCCUGACCAGCCUACUGACACUGUUGGAGGAGCUGAGAUUCCCACCAGCACUGUUAUCAUCACCAACUCUACCAAUCCUGGACCAUUUCCAGACCCAGAUCAAGGCAGAGAUGACAUAGACAGUGAUUUUGCUGUGGAAACUAUUAAGGACCUUGAGAAUUACUAUGAUCCCUAUUUUGAUCCUACCAUCUCUCCAUCAGAGAUUGGACCAGGGAUGCCUGCAAACCAAGAUACAAUCUAUGAAGGGAUUGGAGGACCCCGAGGGGAGAAAGGACAGAAGGGAGAACCUGCAAUCAUUGAGCCGGGAAUGCUUAUCGAAGGCCCCCCUGGCCCAGAAGGCCCUGCUGGGCUUCCAGGACCUCCGGGGACUGCUGGCCCAACAGGUCAAGUGGGUGAUCCUGGAGAGAGGGGUCCUCCUGGCCGCCCGGGCCUUCCUGGAGCUGAUGGUUUGCCAGGACCUCCAGGGACCAUGCUUAUGCUACCUUUCCGAUUUGGAGGGGGAGGUGAUGCAGGGUCAAAAGGACCAAUGGUUUCAGCCCAGGAGUCACAAGCCCAAGCCAUUCUACAGCAGGCCAGGUUGGCACUAAGGGGACCAGCAGGCCCAAUGGGUCUUACCGGGAGACCAGGUCCUGUGGGUCCUCCUGGGAGCGGUGGUCUAAAGGGAGAGACAGGAGAUAUGGGACCUCAGGGUCCUCGUGGUGUCCAAGGCCCUCCUGGACCAGCAGGAAAGCCUGGGAGAAGGGGACGAGCUGGGAGUGAUGGUGCUAGGGGCAUGCCUGGACAAACUGGACCCAAGGGUGACCGUGGUUUUGAUGGUUUGGCUGGUUUGCCUGGAGAGAAAGGACAUAGGGGCGAUCCUGGUCCUUCAGGUCCCCCAGGUCCUCCAGGAGAUGAUGGUGAAAGAGGUGAUGAUGGAGAGGUCGGACCCAGAGGUCUACCUGGAGAGCCUGGACCUCGUGGUUUGCUUGGACCAAAGGGUCCACCUGGCCCACCUGGACCUCCUGGUGUGACGGGUAUGGAUGGACAAACUGGCCCAAAGGGAAAUGUGGGUCCUCAGGGAGAACCCGGCCCCCCAGGACAGCAGGGUAAUCCAGGUGCCCAGGGUCUUCCAGGUCCUCAGGGUGCAAUUGGUCCACCAGGAGAAAAAGGCCCCUUAGGGAAACCUGGGCUUCCAGGAAUGCCUGGCGCAGAUGGACCUCCUGGACAUCCUGGCAAAGAAGGCCCUCCAGGGGAGAAAGGUGGUCAGGGCCCACCUGGUCCCCAGGGUCCAAUUGGAUACCCAGGUCCUCGCGGAGUCAAGGGGGCAGAUGGCAUCCGUGGUUUGAAAGGCACUAAGGGUGAAAAGGGUGAAGAUGGAUUUCCUGGAUUUAAAGGUGACAUGGGCAUUAAAGGAGACCGAGGUGAGAUUGGGCCACCUGGCCCAAGAGGAGAAGAUGGCCCCGAAGGUCCAAAAGGUCGUGGUGGUCCUAAUGGUGACCCAGGUCCUCUUGGUCCUGCUGGAGAAAAGGGAAAACUUGGAGUCCCAGGCUUACCAGGCUACCCUGGAAGACAAGGUCCAAAGGGUUCUAUUGGAUUUCCUGGCUUCCCUGGAGCAAAUGGAGAGAAGGGUGGAAGGGGAACACCUGGAAAACCAGGACCGAGAGGGCAACGAGGUCCAACGGGCCCACGUGGUGAAAGAGGUCCAAGAGGGAUCACUGGCAAACCUGGACCUAAGGGCAACUCUGGUGGUGAUGGCCCAUCUGGUCCUCCUGGCGAACGGGGACCGAACGGACCUCAAGGACCCACAGGGUUUCCCGGACCAAAGGGCCCUCCUGGUCCUCCAGGAAAGGAUGGACUUCCUGGGCACCCUGGACAGAGAGGUGAAACUGGCUUCCAAGGCAAGACUGGUCCACCAGGCCCCCCAGGUGUUGUUGGCCCUCAGGGCCCCACUGGAGAAACUGGUCCAAUGGGAGAACGUGGCCAUCCUGGACCACCUGGCCCUCCAGGUGAGCAGGGUCUCCCAGGCCUUGCUGGAAAGGAAGGAACUAAGGGUGAUCCAGGCCCUGCUGGCAUCCCUGGGAAAGAUGGUCCUCCAGGCUUGAGAGGAUUCCCUGGCGAUCGAGGUCUCCCUGGCCCAGUGGGAGCUCUUGGAUUGAAAGGCAAUGAAGGUCCUCCUGGUCCCCCAGGUCCAGCGGGAUCUCCAGGUGAAAGGGGCCCAGCUGGUGCUGCUGGACCAAUUGGCCUUCCUGGGAGACCUGGACCCCAAGGACCACCUGGGCCUGCUGGGGAGAAAGGUGCCCCUGGUGAGAAAGGUCCUCAAGGGCCAGCUGGCCGAGAUGGCAUUCAGGGUCCUGUGGGGCUCCCUGGCCCAGCGGGUCCUGUGGGCCCCCCUGGAGAAGAUGGAGAUAAGGGUGAGAUUGGUGAGCCAGGGCAGAAGGGAAGCAAAGGAGACAAAGGUGAACAGGGCCCCCCAGGUCCUACAGGUCCUCAAGGCCCCAUAGGCCAGCCUGGCCCCUCGGGCGGUGACGGAGAGCCAGGCCCACGAGGCCAGCAAGGUCUUUUUGGUCAGAAAGGUGAUGAAGGUCCAAGAGGUUUUCCUGGGCCCCCAGGGCCAGUUGGAUUGCAGGGCUUACCAGGACCCCCAGGUGAGAAAGGAGAAACUGGAGACGUCGGUCAGAUGGGCCCUCCUGGACCCCCUGGUCCCCGAGGACCAUCUGGUCCUCCAGGAGCUGAUGGUCCGCAAGGUCCUCCAGGAGGAAUAGGAAAUCCUGGAGCAGUGGGAGAGAAGGGUGAACCUGGUGAAUCUGGAGAACCUGGUCUUCCAGGUGAAGGUGGCCUCCCGGGACCCAAAGGAGAAAGAGGAGAAAAGGGUGAAUCAGGUCCCUCUGGUGCUGCAGGACCUCCUGGGCCCAAAGGCCCUCCUGGUGAUGAUGGACCAAAAGGAAGCCCUGGCCCUGUUGGUUUCCCUGGUGAUCCUGGUCCCCCUGGAGAACCUGGUCCUGCAGGUCAAGAUGGUCCACCAGGUGAUAAAGGAGAUGAUGGUGAACCUGGUCAAACUGGAUCCCCAGGCCCUACUGGUGAACCAGGGCCAUCUGGACCUCCAGGCAAAAGGGGACCUCCCGGACCAGCUGGCCCUGAAGGAAGACAAGGAGAGAAAGGAGCCAAGGGUGAAGCUGGCUUGGAGGGCCCACCUGGAAAGACUGGCCCAAUUGGUCCACAAGGUGCACCAGGCAAGCCUGGACCUGACGGCCUUCGAGGGAUUCCAGGCCCUGUGGGAGAACAAGGUCUACCAGGAUCUCCUGGCCCAGAUGGUCCCCCUGGUCCCAUGGGUCCCCCAGGCCUUCCAGGUCUGAAGGGAGAUUCAGGUCCCAAAGGUGAAAAGGGCCAUCCGGGUCUGAUUGGUCUUAUUGGACCUCCUGGUGAACAGGGUGAAAAAGGGGACCGUGGUCUUCCUGGACCUCAGGGUUCAUCAGGUCCUAAAGGAGAACAGGGUAUAACUGGUCCUUCUGGUCCCCUUGGUCCCCCUGGACCUCCUGGUUUACCAGGCCCUCCUGGUCCCAAAGGUGCUAAAGGUUCUUCAGGCCCCACAGGUCCCAAAGGAGAGGCUGGCCACCCUGGGCCUCCUGGUCCACCCGGCCCUCCAGGUGAAGUCAUUCAGCCAUUGCCCAUUCAGGCUUCUAGGACCCGACGUAACAUUGAUGCCAGCCAAUUGCUUGAUGAUGGCAAUGGUGAGAACUACAUGGAUUAUGCCGAUGGCAUGGAAGAGAUCUUUGGCUCACUCAACUCUUUGAAACUGGAAAUUGAGCAAAUGAAGCAUCCCUUAGGCACUCAGCACAAUCCUGCUCGUACUUGCAAGGACUUGCAACUCUGCCACCCUGACUUCCCCGACGGUGAAUACUGGGUUGACCCUAACCAAGGAUGCUCUAGGGAUUCUUUCAAAGUUUACUGCAAUUUCACAGCUGGUGGAGAAACUUGCAUCUUCCCUGAUAAGAAAUCAGAAGGGAGUAAAAUGGCCCGUUGGCCCAAAGAGCAGCCUUCUACCUGGUAUAGUCAGUACAAGCGAGGUUCUAUGCUCUCCUACGUGGACUCAGAGGGAAAUCCAGUCGGAGUGGUACAGAUGACAUUCCUCAGGCUCCUCAGUGCUUCGGCACGCCAGAACAUCACUUAUAACUGCUACCAGUCAGUCGCCUGGCAAGAUGCCACCACAGGCAGCUAUGACAAAGCCAUUCGCUUCUUGGGCUCCAAUGAUGAAGAGAUGUCCUAUGACAACAACCCCUAUAUCCGAGCUCUCAUGGAUGGCUGUGCAACAAAGAAAGGCUACCAGAAGACUGUUCUCGAAGUCAACUCCCCCAAAGUGGAACAAGUGCCUAUCGUGGACAUUAUGUUUAAUGACUUUGGUGAAGCCUCACAGAAAUUUGGAUUCGAAGUGGGACCAGCUUGCUUCAUGGGUUAAGAGCCACCCAAAUCUAGUCUCCAAAUGAGCAACAUCGUAACCUCAUUUCACCAUUUUUUUUUUUGUGUGUGUGUCACACGCACGUUGAUACUGGACAGCAAAUGGUCUCUUUUUUUUUAAAGUUCACCCCAACCCCUCCCAAUCCACCUGAAUUCAACUGUGCCACAGCACUCACUGUGUUGAAUCUAAGACCAAGACAGAGAAUAAAGCAAAGAGAGAACUGCUCCUCCUAACAGGAAUCGAAUCACAUGAUCUAAAUGAACCAUCCAUGACAGGCAGCCAAUCAAAAGCCAACUAUUGUCCAUCCCACCAAAUGCUUGUUUCUCCAGUUUUUCUGUGGACCUCACAUUUCAUACACUCCAACAUAUCAUGGCAAAAAAAGAAACAACAUAGGGCAAAGACUUUUCUUAUCACAACUUGCAACCGAUCAGUGUUCAUGGACAGUGUUUUGUUUUUUAGGUAUAAAAGAAACUUGAAAAUGUGCGAUUCACUUGACCUUCAAAAAUGUUUCAAAGAAAAUUUUGUAAAGGUCAUUUCCACAAUUGUUAGUGCCUCCAUUUAUUAAGAAAAAAAAUCCCCCCAAAGAUGAUUGCUAAAUGUCAUUCUGUGUAUACCUUUCCCAUGUACUAAAGGUGCUUAUAUUUUUGUAAGUUUGUAAGUAAAUAUUUGUGUUGUAUAUUAUUAUAAAUGUUAAGUAUUCCUGGCUUCUCAACAUGCAUGCAGAUGAAACCACAAUUCCAAUGGGAAACUAGAAACAGGGACAACUCGUCUGAAUUCCAUUCUUGCUUUCCAUUACUAAUUAGCAAUGGGAACCCUCAACUGAGAAAUUGCCACAGAAGGGACAAGUAUACAAGUCAGAAAGAAUUCAUGCUGGAGAGGGAUGCCCAUACAAAACAAAUAAAAACAAACAAAUUCAUGUUGGUGCCACUGUUCCCUGAGACAUUUUCAUCAACUCUGCUUUUUAAAUGGAAAAAAAAAGCAAAAACAAGAGAGGAACCCAAUUUCCAAUUCUGCCUUUUCUAUGCAUGCUUCCCCUCAUAGGCAAGUUUAGAUUAAUUUGCAAUUAUUUGUGAAAAAAACAAACAUUUUCUUUCUCUUCCUGCAGAUCCUGAUGGGAGAAUGUAUAUGGCAGGGAAAUCUUGUUUUCUAUAAAUAAUACGUGAAAAUUGGUGCUUUUUUUUUUAAAACAUUUCUCUUGUGGUGCUAUCUAUCUAUCUGACGAACUCCUUAAUACAACACUGGGGGUGCCCAGUCAUGAUGCGUUCUCCCUACCUUCUGUGCAUUGGCAAUUGCCUGUAUAGCCUGUGCCUCAUGCCCUGGACCUUAAUAUAAAUUCAUGUCACCUUCAUACCCAUUCAGUAUGUGGAAAGCACUCUUCCCCACACCCAACCUCCCUCUCUGCCUGUCUCUUGUUGUCUUAUUGGUAGCUUAUCAUGCCCAUGUAGAACAUAUUAUGUAUACUUACUUGGUUUGGAAAAAAGAAAAGACUAUUCAUACAUGUUCUCUGGUUGUAAUUAUCCCAGAUUGUACUCAGUUCCUGAAUGUUUGUGGUGCUAAUUUAUGUUUGUUCAUUGUACUGAAAUGAAGAUGGAGCUGUCCAGUUAUCAUGUGAGCUGUCUCAGCUGGGCUGCCUUAAAAACAGCUUAGACAGAGAAAUGUGCAAUUAGCUUCAUAAUUCCUAGUAUGGCUGCCAGGAGCCCUGCUUUCACACAGCCUUCUUUCCACGUAAGCAAUUUGAAUUUCCAUCUGCAAAAGCCACGAAUGCGUUCUUCUGCAGAUUACUUCCCUUGGAUCUCUGCGGUGGAAACAUCCAUGUAUGUCUGGAUGUGGCUUGUCCCUCCUCGUGGGGUAGGGACCUAGGUUUGAGUUGGGAAGAGCAGGUGAAGGAGGACUCCAGGAGUCAGGGAGGAAAGGGGAUCAUUUACUGUGAAAAGUUCCCUACACAUGAUGCCCUUUCCAUCUGUGAAAAGGGAAACUGAGUUGGUUUUAAGGGAGAGAGUCCCAGGGUCCCCAGGGUGUUCCACUGGGGUGGUAGCUGAGUUUGCCACAGAAGGCUAGGAUGCUGACUGCUAUGGUGCUUUGCCUUGGUGCCUCCCAUCGUGCCUACUCAUCCCAACUUGGGAAAUGGUACUAGCUUAGAAAAUUACAGCAGAUUCUUUGAGGGGGGGCACACUAAUCCCCUCCAAUAAAACAAAAAUAGGUGUUGUUCAUGCCAAAGAAAAUUCUAGCUCCUGGAUUGUUCAGCAGUCAUAUUCCAAGAGGAAGCAGACAAUCAAAUGCUCACAAUUUCAUCUCCUCAAAAGAGAAAAGCCAUAGAGAAUGGUUGCGUUGGUACCAUGUGAUUUUUGUCUAGGUCAUGUGAUUCUGUGAUGAUCUCUCAUCAAAGAAGUUUUGUCCUUUUAAUUUCUUUGUAAUUUUUAAAAAAAUUUUUUUUCUCCCCCUGUUGAUGCCUUUAAACUAUUGUAAUUUGUAAUGAAGUACAAACUUGUCCCAUGUCCCCUUCUCCCUCCUCCCAAGACCACUUUAGCUACGGUAUAUGGCAAUAAAAUUACUUCUUAUAUUUGCAGAAAUUCUUUUUGUGUAAUUUUAUUUUUUUGCCCUAAUAUAUAUGACUUGAAUAGAUGUUGAUUAAAAGGAAGAAAAGAAAACUCUAUGGAAGAGAUUCUAAUACAUAAAGCCCUUUGAAAUAUACUAUCAAAUGACGUAUUGUGCAUUUCCUCAGAGCCCAGUAAACAUGUCAUAAAAUUUAACUGUAAUGCCCAGGGAAGGGGUAUUUUUAAAUAUUUUAAACCUGUGUAACAAAGGAAUAAAUGUAAUAGUUUUUUUUUCAAUAAAUCAAGUUUCCUG